AUGGCCUCUCGCAAGUCGAGGGCUAACUCCUCGGCCUCCGACGCGUCAAACACGGCAAAUAUGUCGCGCACGCUCAGCAGUCUCGGGAUCACCCUCGAGCAAUUCCAAGCAAAGCAAGCAGAGCUCAUGAAGGGCCUCCUCCAGAACGAACCGUUCUCUCCCCAGCCCGCAAACGCGUGUGCUCUCGCGUCUUUUGACCUUUCGAGUCAUGCGGGACCUUCAAGCUCCCGUUCCCGCUCCAGUUCGCUGUCCAGUUCAACGUCUUCACGCGCGCACUCCCCCGCAUGCCCUCGCACCCCCAUGCGAUCCGCUCAAGAGACCAGUCGGUUUCCCUUUCCGCCGCGCGACCAGAUGGAAGCAAUCAUAGAGAGGAGGAAUAGGGCUCGGGAGGAGGGAAAGAAAGCUGGACGUGAGAUGACCGCCGCUUCAUCUGGUCCUGGUGGAGAGGAAUAUACUCCUAGGGCUGCCGUGCUUCCUCCGGGUACACCGCAUCACUACCGGCAUUACUCGGAGCGCGUGGUGAGCUCCGCUUCCUCUUCCAAACAGACACCAGACCCCAAGCGCGUUCCCGAAACACCGUCCCGAAAGAAGGGCAAAACGGCAUUCAAGAUGCCUCCUCCCCGUGCCUCUAUUCUACAGACCCCUUCUGGCAGAAUUUAUGGGUCUUCUGUCCCUGCCACGCCUCGCUCUAGUCCUCCACCUGAAAUCAAUCUGGUUUCGUCUCCGGGACCCAUGCGGCAAGAUCCUCCUAAAGAAGAACAGCUCCCUUUUAUGCUGCCUCCUGGUCCAUAUUCCACCAUCAAGCCCGACAUAGGAUAUGCUGCCAUUAUUGGACGUGCUAUCCUGGCCUCUCCGGGACAUGCCUUGGCAUUGCAGGAUAUCUAUGAGUACAUCACGACCGUCUUCCCACAUUACAAGCGUGGUGAGACGACAUGGAUGAACUCGGUCCGGCAUGCCCUAAGUACGAUGGCGGUCUUCCGUAAAGUGACGCGAGGUCGCGCCGAAGGGAAGAGUCUCUGGGCAAUUCAUGACUGCGACUUGCCUUGUUUCGAAGGAGGUGGAUUCAAGAAGACGCUCUGUGCUGAUAUGGUUGCUGCUGCCGCCAUGUCGAAGGGACCGAAGAAACGAGUUGCGACCGAUUCCGGAGGCAACCCCCGGAGCAAGAAGAAGAAGGUUGUCGCCGAGCCUCCCCCAAUGACCAUGCCAACUCCGAUGCUCCCGCCCCUCUUCCCCCACUUCGCCCCCUCCAAUCCUCAUCACCAGCCUUACUACUCGAGUGCGUUCUUGCCGCAACAGCCACAGCUCCCAGUAGAGGCGAUCUUCCCUCCUCUUCCGCCUUCGUCGAACCUGUACCGCGCGGCCCCUUUGGUUUCGUCGAAUCCGUUGCCCGAAGAUCCUUCGUCGGAUUGUGAAUUGAUCCCCGAGCCGUCUACAGAUCCAGGGACAGAUACUGAAGUGGAAGAUCUCCUGUAUCCAUCAUCUCCCAUCCAGCGUCCUCCCUCGUCGUCCUCCGUUCCUGACCUCGAGCCUGUAUCGACUCUCAGUUCCUCAUCAAGCCCUGCACCUUCUUCACAUCCAAGCCUAGGCGAUGGCACCUCUCGCGGUGUAUCUCCUGCGGCUGCGAGCUGUCCAAUUCCAGCGUUUUCGAACUUGGACGAUAGCGAUUUCUUCGACGAUCUAUUCAAGGAUGAUUCGGUUGCUAAUCAAGUUAUGCUGGCUUCGGAGAAACCUCGACCUUCUCAACUGGACUCGCUCGCUCACAAAAUGCUGUCAGCUACACAUGCCUCCACCAACAUCCCCAUCCCCUAG